CCCCGGUAACGGUAGGGGUAGAACGCGCUCGGACGACUAUUCGACAACGUGCUCGCCACAGGACAAGGGGUAUUUUGUCGAUGAAAAACGAGACCGAGCAUCUACCACUUCGACCUGAUUCUCAGAUUUCAGCGUAAUGUUGCGGACUCGUAAGAGUUUCCAUUCCAAUUAAUUUCUAGCUAUUGGCAAAGCAGGUCGUCCGCAAGCCCGACGAAACGCGAGGGAUAUAGCGUGAAGAAAAGGACAAAACGGUUUUGCAAAUGCAUUCGCGCCGAUCAUCUAGAGGCAAGUUUUUCUGGUAAAUUGCGACAUCGGUGGCAGUGGCGAUAUCUAUACUGGUGAUAGUGAUAGUGGUGAAAGUGGUGUUGGUGCUGGUGGUAGUGAUAUUAGUGUCAGUGAUAUUGACGACGGUAGUGGCGGCACGUGAACCUUUGGCGAACACGUUACAAAGAUGCGGUAAAUUUUUCCACUGCCCUUCGAGCACGCCGAACCUGCCCGAGCGUCAACUAUCCUAAACAGAAUAAGGGGAAAUAGGACCAGUAUUGAGAAAGUACACAGGCGAAUACGAAGCAUCCUAGCAUUGGAUUUGAUGCCUUGUUCGAGAAUCUCUAUUACCUACGUGAUGUCUGGAGACAUUUGCUAACCCGUGCGAUACACAGUCAGAUAACACGCGAACGAGAGGUUCGCUCGAAGGAAUGGCGGAAGGACGUCGGGGGCAAUGCUACCAAAUGUUUCACAAUGUACGCCGACCCAUGUGGAACGCUGCAACGGUGCUAUUAAGUGUGCAGUGAUCACGGGAGACCGAGGGAAGACGGGAAAGAGGGUGGUCAAUAUGACUCCUAUCUUCCUCGUCCUGUUGGCGGUUAUCGACCCGAUUAUUGCGCAGAAUGGUGGAAACAUCAGCGACUCGCAGUACAUCACAUACAUGACAAGUCCGCCGACGAUCCUGGUGAGGCCACAAUCGCAGCAGGUGAAGGCAGGAGGGAUAGCGAGCUUCUACUGCACGGCAGAAGGUGCGCCGCCACCCCAGAUCCACUGGCGGAAAAACGGAAAGAGAGUUUCCCAAUCCCAGUCACGGUACCUGGUGCACAACUAUGAAAACGGAGCUUUAUUGCGGAUCGAACCUGUCAGGCCGGUUCGCGACAACACCCUGUACGAGUGUCUAGCGGAGAACGGAGUCGGGGACGCCGUGUCAGCCGAGGCGCAGCUUAGAGUCUACGAAGCCGAGAAAUUGCCGAACGGUUUCCCGUUAAUAUCUCAAGCACCGACGACGAAGGUGGUCGAAAUGGGUCAUAACGCGGUGCUCCUCUGCACCGCUGUUGGGUCACCGCCUCCGAUCAUUUCCUGGGUACGGGACAUGCUGCCCAUCGACACGACCAAUCCACGCUACACGGUUUUGGAUACCGGAGCGCUGCAAAUCACCGCAUCCGACGUGAACGACCAAGGGAAGUACGAGUGCGUGGCGAAUAAUUCCGUCGGCACGGAGUACUCCAAGUCGGCUAUGCUCUACGUAAAAGUUCGACGAGUCGCGCCAACUUUUUCCAUUCCUCCGCCCGCCGUCAGCGAGGUAAGAUCUGGUGGAUCAUUGAAUUUGACCUGCGUCGCCGUGGGUUCUCCGAUGCCGUAUGUCAAAUGGAAGAAAGGUCCAUCCACGGAUCUCACUCCGGAUGACAAUCUGCCAGUCGGUAGAAACGUGCUGAUACUCACAAACGUGAAGGAGUCUGCCAACUACACCUGCACGGCUGCCAGCGAUCUCGGAAUCAUCGAAGUCACGACGAUGGUGAAAGUUCAAGCCUUGCCGAGUGCUCCGGAGAACGUUCAAGUGUCCGACAUCACCGCCACAUCCGUGAAGCUUACAUGGUACUACAAAAAUCCGGAGGAAGUGCAAUACUACGUGAUUCAACAUAAGCCGAAGCACGUGCAGCAAGCCGAAGCCGAAAUAUCGGGCAUCACGACCAUGUACUAUCAUGUUCGGAGUCUGAGCCCUUACACCGAGUACGAGCUUACCGUGACAGCCGUGAACGCCAUUGGGCGUGGUCCCGCGAGUGCCCCUGUGACAGUCACCACUGGAGAAACGACGGAAUCGACAAAUGGAGGUACCAAACCUGGUACUGCACCACGGAAGGUGGUCGCCCGCCCAUUGAGCUCCAGCACAAUGGUCAUACAAUGGGACGAGCCGGAAACGCCAAACGGACAAGUGACGGGAUACAAAGUAUAUUAUACGACGGAUCCGAAUCAACAAAUGGCCUCUUGGCAGUAUCAGCUGGUGGACAAUAGCCAGCUAACCACGAUCUCGGAUUUAACGCCGCACACGAUAUACAUGAUUCGAGUGCAGGCGCUGACAAGCGUUGGUCCCGGUCCACUGAGUACACCUGUUCAGAUAAAGACGCAACAAGGGGUACCGAGUCAACCGGAAAUGUUGACCGCGGUAGAUAUCGGAGAGACGAAAGUGACACUCCAGUGGAACAAACCUACUCAUAGCGCGGAGAAUAUCCUCAGCUAUGAGUUGUACUGGAACGAUACUUACGCGCAGGAGAAGCAUCAUCGAAGGAUACCAGUCACCGAGAACUACACGCUGACAGGCCUGUAUCCGAACACGCUGUAUUACGUUUGGUUGGCUGCGCGGAGUCAAAGGGGCGAAGGAGCUACAACGAUACCAUAUCCGGUUCGCACGAAACAGUACGUCCCCGGGGCUCCGCCUCGCAAUGUAAGCGGACAAGCGAUCAGCCCGACCUCCAUAUUGGUAACAUGGGAACCACCGCCUGCCGAUCGAUCGAACGGGAGGAUCGCGUACUACAAGCUGCAAGUCGUCGAGAGCGGACGCUCCGACUCGGAGGCGAAAGUUAUCAAACUGAAUGACACGCGAUUCGUGUUGGACGAACUGAAAAAAUGGACCGAGUACCGGAUUUGGGUAUUGGCCGGGACCAGCGUAGGUGACGGACCUCCGAGUUAUCCUAUCUCGGUCAGAACUCACGAGGACGAUCCAAAAAUGCCGGGUCAUCCUCAAAACGUGACGGUAACACCGAUCAAUUCGACCACGAUACACGUGAAAUGGAGACCGCCAACGUCGAAAGAACAAAACGGCGUGAUAAGAGGUUAUCACAUACACGUGCAGGAAAUGAGAGAAGAGGGAAAGGAUCUGUUGAACGAGCCGAUACGACGCGACGUGCAAGAAGACGGCGUGCUGGAAGUGAACAUUACCGGGUUGCAACCUGACACCACGUACUCUGUACAAGUGGCCGCUCUAACGAGAAAAGGAGACGGUGAUCGUUCGCCGCCAGAAACUGUCAGAACUCCCGGAGGUGUACCCAAUAGACCUCAUGUUAACGUGAAACUUUUGUCCAAAGAUCCUGACGUGGUUGAACUCGAGUGGUCGCAGCCUACGCAAACGUACGGCGACGUGUUGGGAUAUAGAAUAAGAUACGGAAUUAAGAACCAAACGCUCAAGGAAGAGUACAUUCCAGGAAACCGUCAACAUACUUACAAGAUCACUGAUCUUGAGGAACGAGGGGUGGAUUACGAGUUUAGGGUGGCUGGUCAAAACGCGAUCGGAUUCGGUCAGGAGACGGUGCGAUUCUGGUACAGUCCCGAAGGAGAGCCAACUGGCCCGCCGACGAAUUUAUCCUACUUUUUCCAAACUCCGGACACAGUGUGUGUCACGUGGGAUCCGCCCCUGCGACAGCACAGAAACGGUCAGAUCACCGGUUACGACGUUCAAUUCAACAAGAAGAACGAUCACUCUACAACCAUCAACAGGAAUACGACCAAGACGAGAGCAGUUUUCACGAAUUUGGAGGAAAAUACGGAGUACGUGUUUCACGUGAGAGCGCACACAUCCAGGGGGAGUGGGCCAUAUUCGGAAAAGAUCACGAUCAUAACGGAGAAAGAUAUUGGCCGGGCACCGAUGUCGGUAAAAGCGGUGGCCACGUCGGACACGAGCGUGGAAGUUUGGUGGGAACCGGUACCUAACCGUGGAAAGAUACUUGGAUAUCAAAUAUUCUACACGACAACCGCUGUCGAGGACCUAGACGAGUGGAAGCAAAAGACUGUCGGUCUCACCGAGUCGGCGGAACUUGUCAACUUAGAGAAAUUUACUCAGUACGCGAUCACGGUAGCAGCGAGAUAUAAGACUGGCCUUGGAAGACUCAGCGAGAAGGUAACGGUCAAGGUGAAGCCGGAAGACGUGCCUUUGGAUCUAAGGGGGCCGGACUCGUCCACGCAUUCCAUGACCCUUUCCUGGAAACCGCCUAUCAAACUGAACCCCAUGAACUACAAGGUCUCGUUCGAUGCUGUCAAAGAGUUCGUAGAUUCGCAAGGUAUCACGCAAACGCAGAUCGUGCCACGCAGACAGAUUCUCUUGGAUCCUAGCGUGACGACGACCACGAUCAACGAACUGCAGCCGUUCACCACGUACAACGUGAAUGUGAGCGCGGUGCCAAGAGAUGGUCAGUACAGGCCACCGGCUAAGAUCACCAUUACCACGCAAAUGGCAGCUCCGAAGCCUAUGGUCAAGCCUGAUUUCUAUGGCGUGGUCAACGGAGAGGAGAUUCAAGUGAUUCUGCCCCAGGCCUCCGAAGAAUAUGGAUCAAUUUCGCAUUACUAUUUGAUCGUCGUGCCCGAGGACCCGUCAACAGCGGAUAAGCAACCCGACGAAUUGACCGAGGACAUGAUCGCGGGAAAAGGGGCUAAGGAAAGGGAGAAUGCUCCUUACAUUGCUGCCAAAUUUCCACAUAGAGAUAUUCCGUAUACGUUCCAUCUUGGCAGCGGAGAUAUAUACGAGGGUUAUGAAAAUCGUAAACUUGAGAAGAGUAAACGAUACAGGAUCUUUGUGCGUGCCGUUGUCGACACACCGAGGAAGCAUUUGUACACUUCGUCACCCUUCUCCGAGUACCUGUCUCUCGAUAUGAGGGAAGUACCCCCUGGUGAGCCACCACGACGUCCCAAUCCGAAUACCCCGGUGGAUGGAAAUCCAGAGGUAUCGGUGAAAACCAGCGGUCAAGAGCCAGGGAUGGUGUGGGUGGUCGGUCCGAUAAUAGCUGCGUUGAUGGUCAGCAUAUGUCUCGUCCUUCUCUUCGUUAUUAAAAAACGAAGACAACCCUGCAAAGCACCCGAUCAAGCAGCAGUCACCCGACCAUUAAUGGCCGCUGACAUCAGUUCGAAUCACGCUCCAUCCGAUCCAGUCGAAAUGCGCCGUUUAAAUUUCCAAACGCCUGGCAUGGCCUCUCAUCCUCCGAUUCCGAUCAGCGAACUAGGAAACCACAUCGAGCGCCUAAAAGCAAACGACAAUCUAAAGUUCAGUCAGGAGUACGAGUCGAUCGAGCCUGGACAGCAAUUCACUUGGGACCACUCCAACAUGGAAAUAAACGCUUCGAAGAAUCGUUACGCGAACGUGAUCGCCUACGAUCAUUCGAGGGUGAUUCUGCAAACUAUAGAUGGCAUGUCGGGUACAGAUUACAUAAAUGCCAAUUACUGCGAUGGAUACAGAAAACAAAAUGCGUACGUGGCUACGCAAGGGCCUCUACAAGAGACAUUUGGAGAUUUCUGGCGAAUGUGUUGGGAAUUGAGAUCGAGCACGAUCGUGAUGAUGACAAAGCUGGAGGAACGAACGAGGAUUAAGUGCGAUCAGUAUUGGCCUGGUAGAGGUUCUGAAACUUACGGUUUGAUGACUGUGACCAUCACCGACGUCCAAGAGCUGGCUACCUACUGCAUUCGAACAUUCCAAAUAUCCAGAGCGGGUUAUUCCGAGAGACGUGAAAUAAAGCAAUUGCAAUUUACGGCCUGGCCUGAUCACGGUGUACCAGAGCAUCCUGCACCGUUCUUGCAGUUCUUGCGUAGGGUCAGAUCCCUGAAUCCACCAGAAAGCGGACCGCUGAUCGUCCAUUGUAGCGCCGGUGUUGGAAGAACGGGUUGCUUCAUCGUUAUCGACUCGAUGCUCGAAAGGAUCAAACACGAAAAGAUGAUCGACAUCUAUGGCCACGUGACUUGUCUACGAGCUCAAAGAAACUACAUGGUCCAAACCGAGGAUCAAUACAUUUUCAUCCACGACGCGCUUUACGAGGCGGUGAUCUGUGGCAACACAGAGGUGCCUGCCAGAAACUUACAUUCCCACAUCCAGAAGCUGAUGCAGCCAGAGAUCGACAAUAUCACUGGUAUGGAACUGGAAUUCAAGAAACUGUCCAACAUCAAAGUGGAUUCGUCGCGAUUCAUCUCAGCGAACCUUCCCUGCAACAAGCAUAAAAAUCGCUUGGUGCACAUAUUGCCCUACGAGUGUACCAGAGUAUGCCUGCAGCCACAACGCAACAUCGAAGGAUCGGAUUAUAUCAACGCCAGUCUCAUCGAUGGAUAUCGAUACCGAGGUGCUUAUAUCGCCACUCAAGGACCCCUCUGCGACACCACAGAUGAUUUCUGGCGUAUGCUGUGGGAGCAUAAUUCUACGAUCGUGGUCAUGUUAACGAAAUUAAAAGAGAUGGGUAGAGAGAAAUGCCAUCAGUACUGGCCGUCCGAUAGGUCAAUUCGUUAUCAAUGCUUUGUGGUUGAUCCCAUCGCGGAGUACAACAUGCCUCAGUACAUUUUGCGAGAAUUCAAAGUGACGGAUGCGAGAGACGGAGCGAGUCGUACAGUCAGACAGUUCCAGUUCAUCGAUUGGCCUGAACAGGGUGUUCCAAAGUCCGGCGACGGGUUCAUCGACUUUAUUGGACAGGUGCACAAAACGAAAGAACAGUUUGGCCAAGAUGGACCGAUAACUGUACAUUGUAGCGCCGGAGUUGGGAGAACAGGCGUUUUCAUCACCCUGAGCAUUGUAUUGGAACGUAUGCAGUAUGAGGGAGUCGUUGACAUCUUCCAAACGGUCAGAAUAUUGCGCACGCAACGACCUGCUAUGGUUCAAACCGAGGACCAAUACCAGUUUUGCUAUCGCGCCAGUUUGGAAUAUUUGGGUUCUUUCGAUCAUUACGCCAACUGACAAGCCGACACUCGCGAGGAAAGAGAAUCGACGAGAGAAAGAAGAGAUCGACAAAGAAACGAAAGAGAGGUCGGUGAACGAGCAAAAGUGCGACGUGUCUAGUACGAUGAAAUAGACGAAAAAUGUGUAAGUUUGUAAGUAUGUAGCCUGUAUCAUGUUCCCGGGCAAAGCGUACCAUACUUGUACCUUCCAAUGACAAAUACAGUAGAAAGGCGAUAAAUUAUUAACCUCUCGAUCAACUAACUACGGUAGUAACCAAGUAUCUUACAGUCAAUGGUGUCGCAACAGUCUCAAGAUAAGCGGAAAAGUUCCACUUUUUAUGGGCACCGUGUGUGCUGAAACAAUUUUCAAAUUCCCCGACAACAAAAACGGGACAAUACUGCCGUUUAGAAUGUACGGCUUAAAAGCUCGCUGUAAAACAAUCAUAUCUGUAGAAAUAUUCUUUACCAUCAUAUCAAAAUUUCCUUUUAUAAUUCGAAAAAAAGAGGACACACACACAAAUACACAGGAUGACAUGCAGACGAACAAGAAUACGCGAGAAACGAGAAAACUUGGACGUUUUCGAGCUAGAAAUCGAAGAAAUCAAGCGGGAAGCGAUUGACAAGCGAGAGGAAAUAGUACGAGGAAAUCGUAGUCGAAAAUUGAAACGAUCACUGAAACAUAUCCAACUCGAGGAGAAUUUGUGAGACACGUUCCGAUUACACGUCUCCCGAAUCGCUCGAAAAUGACGGCUGCUUUACAUAAUGUAAGAAUAACGAAGAAACUGACGAGAUUUAUUAUUUUACGAUCAUGUAACUCGCGAUCCAAACGUCAGCGUACAUGAUAUUUCGUUCUAUGCUGAAACUUUCCUAUUCGUUGGAGAAGAACAGUGCUUCCAUAUUAGUGGGGAACGUAAUGAAACCUCCGAGGCGAGCUACUACAAGUGCGAAACAUGCCGCGUCAGAAGAAAAAAAGAAAAGCUACGAAGAGAGCGCGCGUUUCGUAAAGUACUUAUCGAUGCGACACGGAAGAUAUCGAGAAAUCAGAAAGAGAGAGAGGGAGAGGGUAAAACUGCAAGUAUCUCGAUCAUAAAAGGAGGAGAAAUCACAGAGAGACAUAAAUUUCCGCUCAGCGAAGAGAAAAUUACCAUACUGCCAAAUCGACAAUUAUUCAUGCUGAACCCAUUACGCACGAUAGGGAUCUUCUCAUUACCUACUGUAAUUUUAAGUAGAUCGUAAGGCGAUUAUUCUAAGAUUAGUCUGUAAGCGAUGCCAUUAGAAGAAGAAGAAGAAGAAAAAAAAAAAAGAAAAUAAUGCGACUGUGUCGAGUGAAGGAAGUAUGAAAGGAAACGGUGCCUAUAUUCAAUUAAUUAAAAUGCACAAAGUGUUGUGCAGGUUUCUACGCGAACUAAUUUAACUAACUAGAAGCACUGUAUGUCGGAUUUGCGUACUAUUCCACCGAGCCCUCGAUGCCCUUGUGUACAGAGUACCAUUGUAGGCUUCUACCUCGACUACUUUUACAGUUUUCCCCAGUUGCAAGGCUAUCAAACGCAGUACACUAGUUCCGCUCUGGAGAUUCACUCGUUUCUAGUACAAUUCAUCGAAAAACGUAGCUCAUGAAACGCUAAGGGAAGAGUCAACGAAACUUUGCAAUUCAUCGUCCUUGUCGCGGAUAUCGCGUCAGAUCAAUGCCAAAAACAAUCAGUUUCGUCGUGAUUAUGCGUCGUCCUGUCCUGCGUAUACAUUGCAACAACGGCAGGGGUGUAUACUACUCGCGAUUUAAACAUUUACAGAAAUUCUAAGUAGUCUAUGAGGACAAUAAGCUUGUGCUCGUUUAUAUACCUUCUAUAUUUCGAAAUUUUCACCGUAUCGUUCGGUAUAGAAUCGUUUUAUCGCUGUUCGACGAUAAUGGUAAAGCAAAAAAUUCUAGCUAUAAAAAAUAUGCAGUGCGUGGGUGGUAUGGUUAACGAAUAUAAUCAGCCGAGCGAGUCAGAAGAUCUCUUUCAGUUUUUGGCAUUCUUUUGAUUGCGAGGGGUUCGUGCAGUAACCUAAGCAAGAAAUGCAGAAGAGAAACGUACGAAAGGAGAGGAAUCGAUGUUACAUUCUUAGAUUCAACCUUUAAAUUUAAUGAUGUUCGAACAAGCAUCUAACGUAUAUACAUAUUUUCAGUUAAAAGUGGUUCGAGGGUCAGGAAUUGUGACUAAGUGUACAUAAAUGCACCGUUUGUCAUUAACAACAUUAUAUAAAUAUAAAUAUAACUAUAAAUAUGGAUAUAAAUAUAAAUAUACAUAAGUAAAAUGAUAAAUAAUAUAUAUAUAUGUAUGUAUGUAUGUAUGUAUAUAUAUAUAUAUAUACAUAUAUAUUAUAAAUAUCAUAAUUGAAGAGAGUACGCAUUUAAAAAAAAAAAAAAGCUGUGGAUAUUUUCUAGACUGUCAAUAUAAGCACGUUUCUUUUAUUUUUUCCAUCCGUUUUGUCGCUUUUCGGUUUUCAACGCACCUUUUGAUACUGUUUUUUAACAUAAGUUCGUUCUCAUGCAACUUUACUUGCGUACCUAUUUUUUUACACGAGAUUUACAUUGAAGACUAAUGACCUACUGUAUUAUUUCCGAGCGUGCAUUUAUUCGCAUCUCAUAUCAUUUUAUUUGAUGUUGUAAGACUGAAGGCCAUUGCGUGUCUAAUGUAUUAUCGUGUACGUAUAUUUUCGGUACUUCUAAAAAGUACUUAAACCGCCUCGGUCGUCCUUAUAAAAGAUUAUACUAUACUUAAUCUUUGUAUCUCUCUCAUUGUCCGUUCAAAUUCCGAGAUUUUCCGAUGUGUUCGAUUCUUCUGUACAUAAUCUCUUCCUAAUCCAUCCACUAUGACUUAUUUGGGACUGAGUUUUUCCGCUUGCAGAUACGUUGUCAACAUUCGUUUCUUGAUCAUCGUUGUAUACUGGCCUUUGGUACGAGCACGAAAGUUAGUCUUAAAGUAAUUCUAUUUUUAUAAUUAUUCUUUUUUAUACUGUUGACUUGAUUUAUCACAUUAAUGUACAUUUACUUUCUUCAAUCUCAUUAUUGUUUACCUUUUAUUCGUGUAUAACUAGCGAUAUCGUGCUUCUGCCUCGGAAUAUAAAUUCGUUGUUACUGGCAAUGAAGAGACACGACGAUACGACUGUUUUUCAGUAAAUCAAAUCAGCAGUGAUUAAGUAAUCCUUGAAACAACUUCUCUCUUCGAUAAAAAUGUGCCAUUGUUAAGAACUACAAUUGGUGUAAAAACUUAUUAAAAAAAAAAAUCGACUUGUUAUACAAAUGCAUCACACUAAAAAAAAAAAAAAAAAGGCUGAAAAACCAACGUACAUAGAAAACAAAGAAAUACAUUCCCAUGGACAAACGAUGAUAACAUGGUAACAAAACGAUUUGAAUUUAAAGAAUCUCUUCGUAACAUCUAUAAUCAUAUUCGUGGAAGAAGCGAACUAAACUUUAAAGUCUUUGGUACGAUGAUUUUAAGGAUGUCGUUGUUAUCCUUCGAUUCAACUUUUUAACUACAUACACACGUAUUAUAUAGAUAUAUUAAAAGAUUUAACAAAAGAGAGAAGGAAUAUAAUCCUGCACAAAGUGCAGCUUCGCCAAGACGGUCGACAACUUCGCGUUCAAAGUUCCAGACUAAAAAUACAAUAUGUUACGGAAAACGAAAAGUUAAAUGAUUGUAUAAACAUAUUACUAGUUAUAAGUUAGUAGCAUUAAAUUGUAUCCGAUGAAUUUACCAAUUCAAAAAAGUCCACGAUAUUCAUAUAUUUAUAAGAUACCGAACCGUAAUGUUAUUACGUUCUUUUGUAUCAUUCCAAAAGUUUUGUGUAUGUUGUACGUUAGCUGCGUGUCUAUUGUUAGUGUUUAUAAUUUUUUUAUAUCCCAGAGUGUAUAGCAAUAUGUGGUUUGUUGUAUUCUUCUUCUUAAAAAGCAUACGACUCGCGUUUUCGGAGCAAUCUUUCCUAAUACAACAAAAUACAAUCGGCCAUAUUAUCGCUCCGUGCAAUACCACGACGAGUUUGUUACACUGUGUGUGAGAUCAUCUCGAGUUCAUCCAUUUGGAUAAGAUUGUAGUCAUACGAUUGCAGUCAUUAAUUCCGUGGAAAAUGUGAAUUAAAGAAACAAAGAAUAAGUCAAAUAUUAAAUAUCGUUGAAAGAAUGGGAAAUUAUUUUGUGAUACUUUCUUGCCAGAAAGAAUACAACAGGCUGAAAUGAAUAUAAUAAAUGCAAUGUUACUAAUUAACACCUAUACAAAUUAAAUAUUGUGUAAUAGAAAGUCUGUUGACAAGGAGAAAUAAGGUGUACAUUAUGUAUUGCCCUGUGGCAUCAAUAAACUAAUAAUUAACGUAA